AUGGCUUCUCCCCGCCCGCACACCUUCGCUCCUCAAGGCUACCCUCUUUCGAACGGUACUCCCCAGGCGGCUCCGGCGCCCGGAGCCACGCCACUUCUUCCCAACAAUGGCAGAGUAAUUCAGAACGGGCCCACCCGAAUUCUGUGCAUUGCGGAUGUCCGAGGAAAUCUGAAAUCUCUGAACGACCUGGCCAAACAGGCUCGCGCUGACCAUAUCAUUCACACCGGUGACUUUGGUUUCUAUGAUGAUACUUCAUUGGAGCGCAUUGCAGACAAGACUUUGAAGCAUGUCGCUCAAUAUUCCCCUCUCUUGCCCGAGAACGUGAAGCGAACGAUCGCACAAACCCCUCCUCAGCAGUCGAUUAAGCAACGUUUCACCCCAGACCAGCUGCCUCUUUCUGAGUUGUCCAUGCUGCUCGACAAGCGCAUUACUCUCGAAGUUCCAGUUUACACAGUUUGGGGCGCUUGCGAAGAUGUUCGCGUACUGGAGAAGUUCCGAUCGGGUGAAUACAAAGUUGACAAGCUGCACAUUAUUGAUGAGGCCAACUCGCGGCUGUUGGACAUUGGCGGUGUGAAGCUUCGUUUGCUCGGAUUGGGUGGUGCUGUGGUGAUGCACAAGCUUUUCGAUAAUGGUGAGGGUAAGACAACCAUUGCUGGCGGCCAGGGUACCAUGUGGACCACACUUUUGCAAAUGGGCGAGUUGAUCGAUACUGCCAACAGAGUUUAUGACCCGUCAGAGACUCGUGUUUUCGUCACCCAUGCCUCUCCAGCUCGUGAGGGUAUGCUGAACCAGCUUUCAGUGACUCUUAAGGCCGAUUUCUCUAUCUCUGCUGGUCUUCACUUCCGCUACGGGUCUUCCUACAACGAGUUCUCCGUCAACCCUACGCUAGAUCACUACCGCGGAAAGCUUGCUGCUUCCAAGGCAUCUUUCACCGAUGUCUGGGAAACCGUACGAGGCGAGGUGGAGUCUGCUAUCUCUUCCAACGAAGCUCAGAAGACCCUGCUCGACAAUGCUCUUGACGUUGUCAACAAGAUGCCUUCCGUUGCCAAUGGUGGAAACCCAUUUGGUGGCCCCGUUGCUGCUGGAAAUGCCGCAGGCCAAGUUGACGAGAGCGCUUUCAAGAAUAUGUGGAACUUUAAUUUGGCCGAUGCCGCCUUCGGGUAUCUGGCUUUGGAAAUCGAAGGAGGCCGUAUUGCCACUGAGAUGCGGGCACAAGGUUUCAACUUUGCUCACCGCAGCGGCAAGCCUGCUCCUGGUGGCUCUCAGGCCGUCUCUGGCGGUCUGCCUGCUACGACUGCUUCCCCAGCCCCUACCGGUGCUGGUCGUCCCACGGUGGCUCCUCAGUUUGGCCAGGCUCCCCCUGCCCGUGCUCCUGUUCCUAACCAGCAGGCCAAGAGCCAGCCUGCUCGCGCAUCACCUAUCCCAGUCAUUCCCAAAGCACCGAGCCCCCAGCCCUCAACUGCCUCAGGUCAAGCUGCCGGAGAUGAUAACGCCGCCGCCGAUACCAACGGCACCACACAAACUGACAAGGGUGCCGAUUCUCCUGCUCCUCGCGGCGAGAGGAAGACAAACAACGUUCUUUUCCUGGCUAAUGUCGACAACGAGCAGGCUGUUCGUGACCUUCUUUCCGAAGAAGACCUUGCCAAAGUUGAGAAGAUUGAGAAAUAUGGAAAGUUUAACCAUAUUGUGACGUUCCCCAGUGUGGAGGACGCCAAGGCCGUCCUGGACCGUCAACCCAUUGAGAACAAGAAGCCCUCAAUCGGUGGACAACCUCGCAAGCCUCAUUUCAAAUUCUUUGAAGAACGCACUCGUGGCCAAGGCAACGCCGGUACAUGGGGAAGCAGCAGCCGUGGUGGCUCAAACACCGGCCCCCGUGGCUACCAGAGUGCCAGUGACAGCGAGGGUGCUCGUCGGGGAGGAUUCGGUGGACGUGGCCGCGGUGACCGAGGCCGUGGAGGUCGUGGAGGACGUGGCGGCCGUGGCGGCUUCAAGACCGGAGGUUCCAACGACUCCUCUGCCCCCAUGACUCCAUCCGGUGACAAGCCCGCCCCAUCUGGCGAUGCCUAA